UUUUUUAUCAAACACGAAACUACAUUUUACUCAAAUAGUUGACAGUUGCUAAAAAGGAGUCUACAUAAUAACUUAACUUAAAAUGAAGCUUAUUUUUACACAAAAUAAUUUUAACACAUGGCUCUCCAUUGUGUUAACAGUUUUAAAUCUCAUUGCUACUAGUCUUCAACAAAUAAACAAUACAAAAUCAAUAUUGUAUCCUAUACCAAGGAGCUUGUCCACAAUAAAUAGUCAUAGAAAUCAUAUUUAUAAUUCAUUUGGCGUUUCUGGAAAUGUUGGAAUCGGGUUACAUUUUGGUGGUGGCUACAGAAUUAAGACUGGUGAUGGAAAUGUCAACCAAGAAAUUGUUCAUAACAAAAUGUACGAUAAAUACUUAGGUACUAGCUUUGGUUUUGGUUCAGCAAGUGGCUUUAAGAAAGGACACGAAAAUGAUGUUGAACAUGGACAAAUUGUCAAUAAUCAAAUAAUUGAACAAGAUCAACAAGAUGAUGGCGUACAAGAGUCAGACGGAGAAGUCUUAACAACAACUACAGUAAAACCAAAACCAGGCGUGUUCAGAAAACUUACAACUUAUUGGUCUGGAGAACGGGAGGAUCCUAAAAAUAAUUAUUCUAAUGGAAUAAUUAAGUGGAGUGUACAACAAUUUAAAAAAAAGAAUCCUGUUGGAACACCAAGAUAAUUGGAAAAUUGACUGCACUUAUAUCUACAAAUUGACACAAGUAUACAAACACACUUACUAUAUAGCUCACAUUUAAUGGCACUAAGAAAAAACACAUUUAUAAAACGCUUGUACAGAAAAUUGAAUGCUGAUUUUAAAUAUUUUAAGUUACUCAAAUUUAUAAUUAUAGAGAAAAAUAUUAAUACUCCAUAAAUUAUUACAAUUUAAAUUAAUGCAACCAACUCCUUAAAAAGAAACUACAUUUUUAUGUUUUGAUAAGAAUAAAUUGAUAAGUGUUUUUUUUUAUCUGAUAAGCUAUGUCUAACAUUAUUCAGUGUGUCCAAAUGUAAUAAAAAAGUAUAAAAUAUAAAUCAAUAUAUUUUAUAUUAUAUUAAUAUCUAACGUUUUCUGAUUGCAU